AUGGCCCCGGCGGGCCGUACGGCCGGGCCGGGGGUCGCGGCGCCUCGGUGGGAGCAGGCGGGCGGGCAGGGGUCGCCGGCGUCACCCAGUGGGGGAGGAGGGCCCCGAAGGCUCGGGCCCGCCCGGGCCGGGGGACGGGGCGACGGACGAGCGGUUACCCUGUUCGCCGGCGGCUUCAGCGGCGGCGACGGCGGCGGCCCGGGCGCGCCUCGCCCCCUCCUUCCCGGCGGCGGCGGCUCCAGCCGCUCUCGGGGCCGCGGCGGGCUCAGCGACUCGCCACCGCACUCCGACCGGCCCUCUCUUCCCCGGCCGGAUCGGCAGCUGCUUAAAAAGCGACUCCGGGGAGGCAGCGAAGGGGAGAAGAAUGGGGGGCAGCUGGGUACCUGGCACCGUGGACGAGGGAGGCGGGAGGGGGGACCCCUGCCAGGGUCCCUUCCAGCUCUCCCUGUUGUGGACAUAAGCAGCAUCUAUGAGCUCCGGGACAAGCUCGGAUGGGGCGCCUUCCGCGAGGUGGUGCUGGCCCAGGAGUGGGGUCUGAGAGGCAAGGAAACCUUGGUGGAGAAUGAAAUCGCUGUGCUCUGCAGGGUCAACCACCCCAACAUCAUGGCUCUAGAGCCCUUCCCAUUCUACCUGGCCAUGGAGCUGCUGUACCCCUGCUUUGUGUGCCACCCGAUGGACCACAUCAUGGAACGAGGCUCAUACGCAGAGCAGGACACCAGCCACUUGGUGGCUCAGGUCCUUGGAGCCAUCUCCUACCCGCACAGCCUGGGCAUCGUGCACCGUGACCUCAAGCCUGAAAACCUGCUCUAUGCCACGCCCUUUGAGGACCCCAAGAUCAUAGUCUCUGACUUUGGCCUCUCCAAAAUCCAGGCUGGCAACACCUGCGGGACUCCAGGAUAUGCGGCCAAACACUUCAUCCGGCACCUGCUGCAGCGGGACCCACCGGAUCUCCGGGGAUGCAGCCUUUGA